ACAAGUGCGGUUCGUUCGUUAGCAAAACAAGAGCGGGCGGCCCCCCAGACCACAGUGCACGGCUAAUUGCUUAUCGCGUUUGUUAUUACGCUAAACGUUAAUACCUGUUAUUGUUUUUUUUUUGUUGGUUUUGAUAAAAUUUAUAUUCUGUUGGUUGUUGCCUGCAACAGUUAAAUGCAACUGCUGCAAGGUUGAAGCGCCAACAACACAUCUGUUGCUGCUACCUGUUGCUGUUGCUGCUGCUGCUGUCGUCGUCGCUUUGGGGAGGCUGUUGCCACGCCCAUAUGUCCACACGAAAUAUGUCACAAUUUCGCGAUAAUUCAUGGCUUGCCAAUGCACGCUCUUAUGGUGUGCUUAAAAGCUUGCGCUGCUCUGCGCGUUAUGCCAAAAGCAAAUCCAAGUCUGCCAUCAAUCUCAAUGCGCAUCUAAGCAAACAGCAACAAAAGAAGCUACAACAACAACAGUUAGAAGAGCAAGAGCGAGAACGAGAACGCGAACGCGAACGAGUAGCCGAACAUCAUUACGAGCAGCCAAUCGAACCAUUGGAAGCUGUUUAUGCAAAUGUUGCGGAAAUAUUGCCAACUGAACUUGAGGACGAUGCGCUAAUGGGUAAUGCUCAGCCAGCAAAUAUGAAUCACUUACGUGUGCACAAAUUCAAACUGGGCGCCAAGGAGCCAACAACACCAGUGGCCACCGCCGUCGAAACAAAUAAUAACAACAACAACAGCAACAGCAAUGCCAACAGCAAUAACUGUAAUGGCAAUGCCAGCAGCGCUGCCAAAGGCUUUCUCACACGCAUCAAGCGCUAUUCGGUGCUGGGCAAUAAGCUCAGUCGCCGCCAUUUGGGCAGCAUGACGUUGUCUUCGACUGCGUCGUCGGGCAAGGAGCGCCAGGGCUCGCCUAGCAAGCUGCUCACAGGCAGCUACGACAUGACCGGACGCAACUCGGAAGAUCAUCGUCUAGAGAUAGGCGCGCCAAUACUUAUAUCCACCACAACGCUGGACACAGAUCGCUUUGGCGUAACCGAGGCGCGUCUGAAGCAAAUUGGCGGUGGCAUAGCCAAGACAUCAACCAUAGUGCGCACGCUCACCCCACGCAGCAGCGAUGAGGAGGAGUUUGUCGAUGCCUGCAGCUCGCCGCAAAUUGAGCCGGAACCGGAGCCAGAGCACGAAACGGACACGGAGCAGUUUGCCACGCCCACACAUGAACCGCCUGUGGAGGCGCCCAUGCGUCGUCCACGCAUUGCACGCCAGCAGCAAUCAAAAUCUGUGCAGAAUCUGCAUCGCUCCGAGCUCAAAGUUUAUCUACACAAGUCGCCAUCGAUGACGCUGGAUCUGAACAUGACAGCGCCCGCACAGCUGUGUCUCGAUCUGCCACAGCUGCCGGAACUCUAUGGCGCCAGCGAGCUUAGCCUGGCCGCCAGCGACAACAAGGAGAACCUAAGUCCUCCAGCCAAAGCAGCCACGCUCAGCUCGGAGCCCAGCACGCCCGUCGUCUGCGGAUUUCUGGCGCAGCAGCAGCUCUUCAAGAGCAUCGACAGCUUUCAGCCGCCUUUCGGCUCCAAGCAGAGCUUAACCAGCUGCCGCUCCAGUCGCAGUCGCAGCCGCAGUCACAGCCAAAGCCUUAACGAGGACUUUGACUACGAUCUAAAGUCUGUAAGCUAUCAGAGCCUCAAUGCACAGAAUCUUUUCGUCUGCAUCGAUGAGCUGCAGGAGAUUACACGACAAAUAAACGAAACGGAGGAUUUCAGUCGUGAAAUUGAUUUGGAGUACUGCACACAUCGCGAUCAGCUGCGUCCAAGCGAGCGGCGCAUAACGCUGCUGAAGAAUAAAAAUCAACGCCUGAUCAAUUUCAAUCACAACAAGGAGAAGCUGCGCAAGGGCUGGCAUGGCAUGAAGCAUUGGCUGGGCGAGGAGUCGCAUAAGCUGAAGGAGGUGGUGCGCCAGCAGACGCCACUGAAGCGCAUGGCGCCAUCGAAGACCAAUCUCAAUCAGUCCAGCUGCAAUGUCAGCGUCAGUCGUCAGUCCAUGUCGCCGGAGCGCAGUCGCAACGAACGUGACAUGACCAUCAGCACUGAGGAUGUGACCGAACGCACGCUGGAGUCCUUGGAGUCUUCGCUGUCGCAGCAUGCCAGCGAUGAGGAUCUGUCGCCGCAUGCCAAGCGCUUUAAGGAUGAGGGACAGAAUGGCUUUGAGGAGCUGCGUCGUUACGUCAAGCAAGGCGGCGACUUUAGCAAGGAGCUUAUAUUUGUGCUGCAGGAACGCGCCGACUCGGAGUUGAUUUACUCCAAAUCGCUUUCCAAGCUUGCAAACAAAUUGAACAAAGCUGGCCGCGAGAUUCCCGGCAGCGUUGCCGAUGCCUGGCGUGGUGUUGCUACUGAGAUGGAAAGUCGCAGCGACAUACAUCGCCAGCUGGCCGCAUCGCUGACCGAUGAGCUGGUCAAGCCGCUCAAGCUGAUUGUGGACAAUCAUCACAAGACACGCAAGACGGUGGAGAGCAAUGUGGAUAAGGCGGCGCGUGUGCUGAGCGAAUGGCGCGUGAGCGAAGCUAAGGCCAAGAAGGCGUCGCAUACGGCAGCGCGUGAGAAUGAGAAACUGCAGGACGCAAUGCUGGAUGUGCGCAUACAGAAGUCGCCAUCCAUAGCGCUGCUGCAUCAAGGACCCAACAAGCUUGCCGCCGAGAAGGAGCUCAAGUCCGCUGAGAAGGAUUGCGUCAAGCUGGACAACAAGCGCAAGAAAGCGGAGGAGGCAGUCAAGCGUGCCGACGUCGAGUAUUAUACGCUCUGUGUGCGCGCCGAGCGUGCGCGCGUCGACUGGGAAAUGGCCGUGCUGCGUGGCUCUUCCCAGCUCCAGAGCAACGAGCAGCAGCGUCUGGCCAAUAUGCAUAACUUUGUGCAGCAAUAUGCGCGCCUCAUUGCCGACAUGAACCCCAUACUGAGUGGCCUCAGCAAUGGACUGCAGCCGCAGCUGGAAGCCUGCAAUGUCGCCAAGGAUUUGCAAGUGGUGCGCAACAUUCGCCGCAACUCGGAGGGACCCAGCGAACAGCUGCUCCCAGAUUUCUACUGCGAGCACACCACGCUCGCCAUGAAUCGCGAGCGACGCAAGCAUUCGCUCAUCAAGCUGCUGCAGCUGGUCAAGACCGAUCUGGAGCGUGAGCGGCGCUCGCGCGACGGCCUCCGCGGCCUCUCGCAAUCGCUCAGCAGUCAGGAGACCCAAAACGUUACCGACAAGCUCUAUCAUAUCCGCUCCAUGCUGACCUAUCUGGAGGGCGCGCGUUUGAAGCUUCACUCAGCAUUGCUGGAGCUGGACCACAAGCCACGCACGACACAUCCGCUGGCGCAACAUAUACAGAUUACUCGCGAUCGCACGGGACUACAGCAGAGCAUUUUGAAGGUGCCCAAUUGGCUGAAGAACAAUGAGAAGACGCAGGCAUCGACGACGCUGCUCUCCCAGGAGUUGAGCGAUGUGAACGGCGACGAUGAGAACUGCUCCCAGCUGCAGAGCCAGACGAACAGCUCGUGUGCAAAUAUCAGCGUCGUGGCUGCGCCCACGACUUCGCUGCUGAAGCAUUUCAAUCGCAGCAAGAGCAACAUUGAGACCUUCACCAGCCAACCAAAGAUAAUCUCGACGACAAAUGCUGCACUGGCGGCAACAACAACAGCAGCAGCAACAGUGACAACAACAACGGGCAAUGUAACCACAGUGGCGGUCAAGUCAAAGACUUUGGCUAAUGGCCACACUGCAGCGGAUCGUGGCCAGGCGGAUGGUGGCUCCAAUCAGCAGGAUUCGGACUUUGAUGAGUUCAGUUCGCAGGACGAAGACGAGUCGGAGCCGCAGGCAACACAGCAGCAUUUCUAUCAGAAUGCGCAGGAGGUGAAGAGCUCCUCGAUGAGCUCGCACGGCACAAGCAGCUCCAAGGAGGGCGGUCAAGGGCCAGUCCAGGUGCUGGGACGCUGCAAGGCGCUCUACAGCUACACACCAAAGCUCUACGAUGAGCUCGAACUGAGUCCCGGCGACGUGAUCGAGGUGCAUGCCAAGCAGGACGAUGGCUGGUGGCUCGGAGCGCUGCGCAAUCAGAUUGGCAUCUUCCCAGCCACCUAUGUGGAGGAGUGCGCCUGAUGGGCCAGCCAAACGUUGCAUAAGUCACAUCUAUAGAACCUAAGCGUGUGUGCGUGCGUGUGUGUGUGUGUGCGUGUGAUUGUAUAUUUACAACUAAGCUGAUUAUUAUUAUUAUUAUUAUUAUAUAUUUUUUUUGCUUUUUUUUUUUAUAUACUUACAAUGAGCUUCGCCCCGAACUCUGCCGCUAAAUUAUUAUUUAUAUAAAUGAGAAGCCAACACACAAUGCAUUGUAUUGAAAACAUAAUUUUUUUUAUUAAUCAUAAUCAUUAUUGUUAAUAUUAAUAUUACCAUUAACAUUUAUAGCGCCCAGUUGAGUCAUUUUCACGUGUAAACUUAUCGCUUGACCUAUUGUCAUUAUGAAUAAAUAAAUAUAUAAAUUGCAGUUAAAUUUUUCAAAAAUCAUAUUAAACAUUAAUAUAUGUAUAUUCAAUAUAUCAAGUUGCAGCAUCACAAAUGUUUGUUUUUAUUUUUACGACACUUUGCAUCAAAGCUUAGAUUUGUUUAGAAAACUUUAAGCAAAUGCAAUAAAGUGUUAGAAAUUCUUCGAAAUUUGUCAUG